UGGGAUUGUGUUGCAGAGCUGUGGUUGGUUCAUCUUUUCCACUAACUCCGGCUCCCGACAGCUAUCUGCCCUGACAGACAGACAGACAGAGAAAGAGACAGAUUAGCAAGAACAGAAAGAAAACAGUGUGGAUUCAAGAACUGGGAGAAAGCAAAUGAGAAAACAAGGAAGGACAAAGAAGGAGAGCAGAUAGUAGAGGCAGCGUGUGCUGAAGCGGAUCCCUCACCAUACUCCGCUUUGUUAGUUUGCAAGUGUAGUCUGUCUGUCCAUCUAUAAUCUUGGUAAAAGUGUCAGUUUUUUAAAACACAUAAAAUAACAACUUAAAGUGGUACUGGGUAAUUGUGACUAUCAGCACAGAAUAUAUCAUUAAAAAGCUAUCCUACACUACACAUUACAAUGGCUCCCAAAAAGAAGUCACCACGGCCUAAGAAGCCCAUACCUGAAUUGACAACAGUUGAGAGUGGAGUGGUUGUACCAGAGCUGGGCGUUAAAAAGCUGGAGUUUCCCCUUAAUAUUGAGCAGCUGAACCGUCUCAAUGGUGUUCCCCUGCCGCCCCCUGUGAUCCGACCCGGGGAGAAAGGUUUCGGCCUGGGCAAUGAGCUCACCCGUCCCCUGCAUGGAUCCGCUAUGCUGGAGGAGCUGAGCCGCAUGAGACAGGAACGCUUCCUCACUGACAUGGAAUUGGCCUGCAAAACCAAGGCAUUUGAUGUUCACAAACUAGUCAUUUCUUCAGUCAGCCAGUAUCUUCGUGAAGUCCUGGCUAAAGACCCUGGACUCAAACGACUGGAACUUCCAACCCUCUCACCUCUCGGACUUGCCAAUGUGAUUACAUUUGCUUACCUGGGCCGUGUGCACAUGUCCCUGUACACCAUUGGCUGCACUGUGGCUGCGGCGAGCACAAUGCAGAUCCCUCAUCUUCUCCAGAUGUGCAUGGAGUUCAUGAUGUCCGAGGUGAACGCUCACACGUGUGUGUACAUAUGGAACAUCGGCGCUGCGUACGGCCUUAUGCCUGUUCGCGAGGCCGCCCGGCGCUUCAUUCUGGAGAAUUUUGCCCAGUUCUGUGAGACAGCUCAGUUCAACCAACUCACCCUGGAACAGAUCACAUCUUUCCUGCAAGACGACAACCUAGUUCUUCCCUCAGAGGUCACCACCUUCCAGAUGGCGAUGAAGUGGUUAGACUUCGACCCAAAGAGGCAGGAACAUGCUGCAGAAGUGCUGUCUCACGUGCGCUUCGAGACCAUCCCUGCCAACGAGCUGGUUAGUGAGAUCCAGCCAGUGGCUCGAAUGAUGCUAGAUUCUCGGUGUCACCGUCUUCUGGUAGAUGCCAUGAACUACCAUUUGCUGCCAUACCAGCAAAACACACUGCAGUCACGGCGCUCAAAGGUCCGGGGAAGCCAGAACGUUCUUCUAAGCAUUGGGGGUCGCCCAUCUCUAACUGAGCGUGCCCUGAGUCGAGAGGUGCUGUGGAGAGAUCCUCGAGAGGGAACGGCUAUAUGGCGUCAUCUUACUCAGCUGCCAGCAAAGAGCUUCAACCAGUGUGUGGCUGUGAUGGAUGGAUUCCUGUACGUGGCAGGAGGAGAAGAUCAGAAUGAUGCCCGAAACCAGGCUAAACAUGCUGUUGGCACUCUUAGCAGAUAUGAUCCUCGCUUCAACACCUGGCUGCAUCUGACCAGCAUGCGCCAAAGACGUACACAUUUCAGUUUGGUGGCCACUGGUGGGCGCCUGUAUGCCAUUGGUGGGCGAAACACCGAUGGCCUCUUGGCCACUAUUGAGAGCUACCAGCCCUCUACCAACACUUGGCAGCUCCGUACGCCAAUGGAUAUGCCACGAUGCUGCCAUGCCAGUGCAGUCCUACCAUCAGGAGACAUCUUGGUGACUGGCGGCUAUGUCAACUGCGCUUACUCUCGCUCGGUCAUCCAUUAUAGCAUUAACACCGACACUUGGAGCGAGCAGGGAGAGUUGGAAACACCUCGAGGAUGGCACUGCUCCGCAACAGUAGGCGGUAAGGUGUACGUUGUAGGUGGAAGCCAGCUUGGUCCCGGUGGAGUCCGCAUUGAUGUAAUGACCAUGGAAGUCUUCUCCCCUGAGAGCAAAGAGUGGACAAGAGCGGCAAGCCUUCCCUUAGGAGUGAGCACAGCUGGCAUGUCCCCACUUGGAGACCACCUGUACCUGCUGGGUGGGUGGAACGAAGACGAGAAACGUUACAAGUCAGCGGUCCAGCGCUUUGACUCAGGCACCAACAGCUGGUCAGCAGUGGAAGAUCUGCCAGAACCCAUAGUGGGAGUGUCUUGCUGUGCCCUACCUUUGCCCCCACGUCAAGCGUCCCGAAGACACCGAAACACCCCUUCCCAUGAAGACCAGAGCAGAGUGACACAGCACAACACCGCAUGAGAAAUGAAAGCUGGGGAAAGUCAAAGAGCAAAAGAGAGACGGGGUGAAAGAAGAGAUUGUUAGAGUGUAGAAAAGAGAGAGCGAGGGAGAGGGACGUGUCGGUGAAAUGGAAAUUUAGAGAGUAGAAAGUAAGGAUUAACAAAAUAAAGUGGAAAGCCAGCACAGAAGUCUUGUUGUUCUUAAGGUUUCUUUGAGUUUCAAGAAAAGGUACUAACUAGGACGUAUUUAUAAAGAAUGUGAAAGUUACAUUUCAGCCUCAGCAGUGCGAGGAAUUUAGUAAUAUAUCUAUGAGUUUCUGAGAUUUAAUGAGUUUUCGAAAUUGAGCCAGGCCUCGGAUAGCACACGUUCGUCUCCAAGAUUUCUGCUAAAGAGCAGUUCAUCUGGAAAGACGAACGUCUUUACAUACGUUCUAAAUAAUAAACAUCUUAAAGACAUCUUCUAAUCGCCUAUUCAGCAUCUGACAGGAUGUAUUACAGAAGUACAAACACUCUUAAUACAUCUUGCAGGUGCAAACUCACAUUUCCGAGAUGUACAUGUGCUAUCAGGGGCAGUUUUAUUGAAAAUACCAUUGUAGGAUCAUCAAAAACAUGCUAAAUUCAGUAGUACUGAAUCAAGUGCGUCAGUUUAUUUAUUUCUUAAAAUAUUUAUUGCUUUUUUUAUUUUAAUCAAGUUUUGAUUCAGUUUUCUCUCUUGCAGUUAUUGGGUCUGGCUUUUAAAGUCUGUUCAGGGGUACUUAUGGUUUUUUAUAUACAAAGACUUGCACAGUGCAAAUGUCAAUGCCCCCAUAGAGAUACAAUCAGGCACCAAUACAUUGAUAUUGCCCACCAAAGAAUGUGCAUAACACCACACCAGUUAGACUAUAGACUGGCUAUCGAUGAAAUGUUUCAUGCUUCCAAGCAUUGAUAUAACUUGUUUAAAGUUGUCAUUAAAGGGUCUUUACCUGCAUGUGUAGUGGUCACAACUACCACCUAUAAUUGUAGGAUAAAGACCAGUAAAAGGAACCAGUAAAACACACAACAAAACUGUCAGUAAUAGAAACACAAAAUGAAAAUGUAAGUAUGACAUUGAAAAUACAGAUUUAGGAGUCUGAAGUGUGUCUAGGACUAGAUCUCUCUGGGAUUUAACUAAAUAAAGCAAAAUUGAUUAAAAACAAAA